UCAUGUUAGCUUUGUCUCCUUCUAUGUUUCAAACCUAUGGAUGGCCAUUGGAGGACCCCAUUGCCCAUGAACAAGUCUACUUCUCUACAAAAGCUGAGAAGGCGAUUAUUACAGCUGCUAAUGUUAAUUUCUUUCAAUCUCAACCUCCAGAAAUAUUGGAGCUUGAUCACUCUGCUUCUUUUACAGAUAAUAAUGGUGAUCCUAAUACGGUUAAGAAGCUUAACCAUAAUGCAAGCGAAAGUGAUCGUCGGAAAAAGAUGAACUCCCCCUAUUCUUCUCUUCGAUUUCUGCUUCCGGCAGCCGAUCAAACGAAGAAACUGAGCAUACCAGCCACAGUUUCUCGGGUGCUAAAGUUCAUACCAGAACUACAACAGGAAGUGAAGAAGUUGGUUCAAAUGAAAGAGGAACUCUUAUCAAAGAUAUCUAAGCAAGGUCAGCAUCAGCAAGUAAAGCAAAGAAAAGGCAUCAGUACUCGCAGCUCUUUAUCAGCAGUAUCAGCUACUCAUCUCAGUGACACAGAAGUUCUAAUUCAGAUUUCCACUUUCAGUAUCCGUACAACUCCACUAUCAGAAAUCUUGCUUCAUUUACUGGAGGAUGGUUAUGUUUUAAUCAAUUCUUCUUCCUUCCAAUCCUUUGGUGGCAGAGUCUUCUAUAAUUUACAUCUUCAGGUGGACAGAAGUUACAAAUUGGAUUGUGAGACUUUACGUGAGAAGCUUGUGUCUUUAUAUGAGAAAGGGGAAGGAUUUUCUAAUGGAAUUCAUAAUAUUUGAUCAUCUAAAUUGUAAAGCAAAUGUAUAUAAGUUUAUUAGUAUUAUUACUACUAUUAUCGAGUGCUUGUUUCAAUUUUCUUUUUGUAAAUUGUAUGUGACACAUUUAAAUAAAAAUAACAAUAAAUAAAUAUUUAAGGAUAUAAA